AUGUCAACGACAAACUGUUGGUGGGAUGGAAGCUCCCAAUCUCGAUAUCAGGAACUAGAGAAGGCAGCAGUGGAUAAUGGAGCAUGUAAAGGUUGCAACCGCACAAAAAAAAGCGCCUUAGAGCAUGCAGUGCAGAGAUAUGGGAAUAUGGAGAAGGAAGUUGGGAACAUGAUGAAUGCCUGGUGUUAUAUACAUACAAAAGAAGAAAGAGAAAGGUCUAUGUACUGUGACCUCUUUUACUACUGGCUAGGGGAAAUCCUCUUCCGUGAAGUGAAGAACGAUGCAUCCGUCCGCCGGGAAGCUAUGGAAAAGAUUUAUGAGAAGUUGCAGGGAUGGAAAAAUAUAGUCAAUUGCACAAAGGCCUUCCCAAAGGUGACAGAAGAUGAGUUCAAACGCCUAAAAGCUCUGUAUCACUAUACACAGGACUACAGUGAGGUGGAAAAAAGAAUACGUGAGGAGAAUAGUGCAUGUGGUGAAGAAUACAAAAAAUUCCUGAAGGAGGCUAAUGAUACCUAUCGAGACAGAGACUGGAACAACAGGUGUAAGGGCCCGAACAAUCGUGGAAGAGAAUACUGUACCAAAAUUCAAGAGAUAUUACGUACCGCUGGUGGGGCACCUAAGGACCCAUCAGAAAUAUUACCAGAGUUGAAAGGUAGGCUGACUCCUUUAGAAAGUGAAAAACUAAAGGAUGCGACUGUAGAAACACCCUCAGGUCAAGGGAAAGAAGGAAGGAAGGGAAGUGUGCAGGAUGGAACACCUAGGGAUAAGGAACAACCUCAAGAGGAAAUUCCACCUGCAGAAACAACACAAGACGAAGCAGUACCAUUAACGGCACCCACACCACCAACAACAAUAACACCAACGUCGACCCCUGCAGCACCGCCACAUGUAGAAACAACAUCUGAAGCAACAACACCUGCAGAAGGAACAACAUCUGAAGGAACAACCCCAUCAGCACCAGAACCUGAAGGAACAACACCUGAAGAAACUGCUACACCAGCUCCUGUAGAGAAAAUUCCAGCUAAAACACCAGUGAACAGCUUCCAUGGUAAAGGUGAUUCCAGGGGAAACCAAAAUGGUGCAGAACCACCCGUUUUGGCACCGGAAGUCCAAACAACACAGCGCGUUACUACGGAAGCUCAAACAACACAACUCGAAGUAACGGAAACUUGGACAUCUGAAGAGAGUAGUAACACUGCUGUAGAUCUAAGCAUAGGUGUUACGGAGGGUAUAACUAUCCCAACCACUCCUAUUUUAUUUGCUACAUGGGUUGUGACAGUAUUUAUCUCAAUUGUCGUUCUCCUGUGCAAGUAUACUUCUUUAUUCUGUGGAAAGAAGAAACAGUCCCCUAAAAGUAAAAGAAGAAAGAGAAGAUCUACCAUCGAAGAUGAAUUAAACACAUCAUUAGCGUGCAGUGAUUCAGCAACAGAAUAUUUCACAGAAGGCAGCUCCAUAGCGUCUUCCACAACAGUGGACGGCUCCGCGGUAGAGGUCGAUUCAAUGGAGGACAACGAUAUGGAGGACGUUUCUUCCUCUUCUUUAUACAGUACAGCAUCAUAA